CGUCAUUAACAUUAAAACGAGCUGACGUCAUCUUGCUAACCUGGGCAGUGCAGCUAAGCUAGGUGGCUAACAGCGUCAGGCGGUUGUUUCACCUGCAUGUUGUUGUUCUGAUUCUGUUCAUUUCCGCUGCUUUACUUUCAUGUAGAAGCACUAAUGCAACUUCACUAAAUGCUCCACUAAAAGUAUGCCUGCUGAACGCAAGCGCUCAGUAACCAUGGACGAGAAAGACGUUUGCACCUUCGCCGCCAAGGAGAAGGAGCGCGAUGGGGACCGACGGCCGGCGUCCGCCCGGGACAAAGCCAAGGACGACGCCAAGAUGAGCGGCAAGAAAGACGGCAGCAAGGAGGAGAAGAGGAAGCGCAUGGAGGAGGAGAAGAAGAAACGGGAGGAGAAGGAGCGCAGGAAGAAGGAGGAGGAGAAACAAAAGGCGGAGGGAAAGAAGAAGGAGGAGGAGGAGCAGAGGCAGCAGGAGGAGGAGGAGAAGAGGCUUCAGGAGGAGGAGGCUAAAAGACAACGCGAGGAGGAGGCGGCUCUCCUGAAGGAGAAGGAGGAGGUCCACCAGCUGCACCUGGAGGCCUGGGAGCGCAACCAGUGCCGCAAGGAGCUGCGCGGCCGCAACCAGAACGCGCAGGAGGGCCGCCCCGAGGAGGCCUUCUUCAGCCGCCUGGACUCCAGCCUGAAGAAGAACACGGCCUUCGUCAAGAAGCUGCGCACGCUCACGGAGCAGCAGCGCGACUCGCUCUCCCACGACUUCGGCUCGCUCAACCUCAGCAAGUACAUCGGCGAGGCGGUGAUCUCCGUGGUGGAGGCCAAGCUGAAGAUCACCGACGUGGGCUGCGCCGUGCGCCUGUGCUCGCUGUUCCACCAGCGCUACGCCGAGUUCGCGCCGCUGCUGCUGCAGGCGUGGAGGAAGCACUUCGAGGCGCGGCGCGAGGACAAGGCGCCCAACGUGAGCAAGCUGCGCACCGACCUGCGCUUCCUGGCCGAGCUCACCAUCGUGGGCCUCUUCACGGACAAGGAGGGCCUGUCGCUGAUCUACGAGCAGCUGAAGAGCAUCAUCGGCUCGGACCGCGACGCGCACACGCACGUGUCCGUGGUCAUCAGCUUCUGCAAGCACUGCGGCGACGACAUCGCCGGGCUGGCGCCGCGCAAGGCGAAGGCGGCGGCGGACAAGUUCGGCCUCGGCUUCCCGCCCAGCGAGAUCAUCACGGCGGAGAAGCAGCAGCCCUUCCAGAACCUUCUGCGCGAGUACUUCACCUCGCUCACCAAGCACCUGAAGAAGGACCACCGGGAGCUGCAGAACACGGAGCGGCAGAACAGGCGGAUCCUCCACUCCAAAGGGGAGCUGAGCGAGGACCGGCACAAGCAGUACGAGGAGUCGGCGACGUCGUACCAGAAGCUGCUGGCCAACACUCAGUCUCUGGCCGACCUGCUGGACGAGAACAUGCCGGAGCUGCCGCAGGACAAGUCGGUGCAGGAGGAGCACGGCCCCGGCAUCGACAUCUUCACGCCGGGGAAGCCCGGCGAGUACGACCUGGAGGGCGGCAUCUGGGAGGACGAGGACGCCCGCAACUUCUACGAGAACCUGGUGGACCUGAAGGCCUUCGUGCCCGCCAUCCUGUUCAAGGACAACGAUAAGGGCAAAGACAAGGAGGAGGCCAAAGAAGCCAAGGAGGCGAAGGACGCCGCCGCCGCCGCCGCCGCCACCACAGAGGAGCUGGAGCUGGAGCUGGAGGCUCUGGACAUCGCCGACGAGCCGCUGGAGGGACCCGACGAGGCCGAGAGCGAAGAGCUGGCCAAGAAGCUGCUGGACGAGCAAGAACAAGAAGACGAGGAGGCGAACACCGGCUCCCACCUGAAGCUCAUCGUGGACGCCUUCAUCCAGCAGCUGCCCAACUGCGUCAACAGAGACCUCAUCGACAAGGCCGCCAUGGACUUCUGCAUGAACAUGAACACCAAGUCCAACCGGAGGAAGCUGGUCAGGGCUCUGUUCACCGUGCCCAGGCAGAGGUUGGAUCUUCUGCCCUUCUACUCUCGCCUGGUGGCAACGCUCCAUCCCUGCAUGUCGGACGUGGCCGAGGACCUCUGCUCCAUGCUGAAGGGAGACUUCCGCUUCCACAUUCGUAAGAAGGACCAGAUCAACAUCGAGACCAAAAACAAGACGGUCCGCUUCAUCGGGGAACUCGCCAAAUUCAAGAUGUUCUCCAAAACCGACUCGCUGCAUUGUCUCAAGAUGCUGCUGUCUGACUUCACCCACCACCACAUAGAGAUGGCGUGCACGCUGCUGGAGACGUGCGGCCGCUUCCUGUUCCGGUCGCCCGAGUCCCACCUGCGCACCAGCGUGCUGCUGGAGCAGAUGAUGCGUAAGAAGCAGGCGCAGCACCUGGACGCGCGCUACGUGACGAUGGUGGAGAACGCGUACUACUACUGCAACCCGCCCCCCACGGAGAAGAUGGUGCGGAAGAAGCGGCCGCCGCUACACGAGUACAUCCGCAAGCUGCUCUACAAGGACCUGUCCAAGGUCACCACGGAGAAGGUGCUGCGCCAGAUGCGCAAGCUGCCGUGGCAAGACCCCGACGCCAAGUGCUACCUGAUCUGCUGCAUGGUGAACAUCUGGAACGUCAAGUACAACAGCAUCCACUGCGUGGCCAACCUGCUGGCCGGCCUGGUGGCCUACCAGGAGGACGUGGGCAUCCACGUGGUGGACGGCGUGCUGGAGGACAUCCGGCUGGGCAUGGAGGUCAACCAGCCUAAGUUCAACCAGCGGCGCAUCAGCAGCGCUAAGUUCCUUGGCGAGCUCUACAACUACCGCAUGGUGGAGUCGGCGGUGAUCUUCCGGACGCUGUUCUCCUUCAUCUCGUUCGGCGUGAAUCAGGACGGCGGGCCGAGCGCCCUCGACCCGCCGGAGCACCUGUUCCGCAUCCGGCUGGUCUGCACGGUGCUGGACACCUGCGGGCAGUACUUCGACCGCGGCUCCAGCAAGAGGAAGCUGGACUGCUUCCUCAUCUACUUCCAGCGGUACAUCUGGUGGAAGAAGAGCACCGAGGUGUGGACCCCGGACCACUCGUUCCCCAUCGACAUCGACUACAUGAUCAGCGACACGCUGGAGCUGCUGCGGCCCAAGAUGAGGCUCAGCAGCUCCCUGGAGGACGCCGCCAAGCAGGUCACGGACCUGCUCGUCAAGCUGGGUCUGGCCAUGCAGAGGGACGGCCGCUCCAGCGCCCUGAGCGAGGAAGACGACGAAGACGAAGAGGGCGGCGUCGAGAUCGAGGAGCUGUCGGGCAACGAGAGCGAAAUGAACGAACAGGAGGAGGACGAAGGGUCCGAGAACGAGGAGGAGGAGGAGAGGGAGGAAGAGGAGGAGAACACCGACUACCUGACGGACUCCAACAAGGAGAACGAGACCGACGAGGAGAACAACGAGGUUACCAUCUGUGGCGGUGGGCUGAAGCACGUGGCGUGCGCCGAGGACGAGGACUUCAUUCAGGCUCUGGAUAAGAUGAUGCUGGAGAACCUGCAGCAGCGCAGCGGCGAGAUGGUGAAGGUGCACCAGCUGGACGUGGCCAUCCCCCUGCAGCUGAAGAGCCAGCUGAAGAAAGGGGGCGGAGCCAGGGAGCCGUGCGUCGGCGACGGCGAGGCGGAGAUCUCCGACACCAUGCAGUUCGUCAUGCUGACGCGCAAAGGCAACAAGCAGCAGUACAAGAUCCUGAACGUGCCGCUGUCCUCCCACCUGGUGGCGAACCACUUCAACCAGCAGCAGGCGGAGCGGGAGGAGCGCAUGAAGAUGAAGAAGCUCACGCUGGACAUCAACGAGCGGCAGGAGCAGGAGGACUACCAGGAGAUGAUGCAGUCCCUCGCGCAGCGUCCGGCUCCGGCCAACACCAACCGGGAGCGCCGGCCUCGCUACCAGCACCCGAAGGGCGCCCCCAACGCCGACCUCAUCUUCAAGACCGGAGGAAGGAAAUAAAGCCCCCCCCCUCCCCCGGUGGUCCACAGGAAAGGGGGGCUGGAGGUCCCGUCUCGCUGCACCCCUCCCAGGAGCCCCCGCCACCCCCCCACCCCCUCGUUUGCUCAUCAACGUCAACAGUAAAGGUCUGGGUCUGGGUCCGGGCUGAGAGAGAGAGAGCGAAUGAAGGAGAGAGAGAGAGCGAGGGAGAGAGAUCGGAGGGUGAAGCCGGUCUAAACAGGGAACGAGUCUCCCCCCCCCCCCCCUGAAGCCGGGGCAGACCAAAACCCCCAUGAGCCGGAUCACACGCUCCCCCCCUGCCCCACCCUGCUGAGGGGCCGAGAAGCCCGACGACGAAAGGGUCAGAGGUCACGGGGGGGCAAAGGAGAAAAGAUGGCUCUCUUUUCUUUCUUUUUUGUCUGUUGCCUGAGAUGACAAAAGAAAAAAACAACAACAGCAGAUCUCUGGAUCAGGACUACGAAGACGACUGAACGCGUGAGCGAGACGGCGAACCGGGACGGCGACGGACAGGAAGUGGGAAACGGGAUCGCCGCCUCCCGCCGCCGGUCAAAAAGCGACUCGUAUGUCGCGAGUGGAUGGACAUUUUAACACGACGCUAGUGAGGGACAUGUUCCUUUGGGUGGUGGUUAUUGUUGUUCUGCAACUUUUUAAAGUUAAAAAAAACCAACAACCCGGGAAACACGGCACCCUGUCGUCAUGGCAACGCGGAGACGGAGGACCGGGGGCGGCGGCGGCGAAGGUUUUAACGUUGGCUACGUUGAAUGAUGUUUGUUUGGAAUGCGGCUCUGUGGUUUUAUGGUUCUAUCGGUUAAUAUUAAUAAUGUUUUGGUCUUUAGAAUUCUGUCUGUACAUUUCUAGAAAGAACGACAUGAUUUGGCGCCAAAUUCAGAGAAAAAUAGACAAAAACACUGUAUUUUGUAUUUUUAAAGGGACAGUACGCCUUAAAAGCAGGGACUAUAUUUCUUACUAAAAAUCUACAUCCGCUAACCAUGAAGAAAAAAAUGAGUUCCAACAUUUAAAAAAACAUGAUUUCUGAAGAGACGGCACAUUUUUUUCCCAGGUGUACUGUCCCUUUAAAUCGUCACUUUUUAAACCUACCUUGUAGCGUGGAUGUAAGUAAAUAAGUGCUCAAUUUAUCACAUUCAUGAUUUGUAAGUUAAAUAUUUUUGGGAUGUAGCUCGUCUUAAAUGUUUUUCUUUUUCUUUACAGUUUAUAAACAAAAUACAAAUAAUAAAAAUGAGAAUACAAUCAGCAAGAUCAAUUCACAGUAUUCAAAAUAAAUCAAAUAACUAUUUGCCAAUAAGUUAAACAUUUAAUCGGAGAUGAUGAGAGCCGUGAAAAAAGUUGUGCCACAAAACACCGGCUGCUGCCUUCUUAGAGAGGACGUGUUGACAUGUUGACAUGUUAGUCAGCGGCCAACUGAAUAUAUGUGAAGCUACAGCUGGUUAGCGUAGCUUAGCACAAAGACUGUAAACAGGUGGGCCGGUUAGCCUACCUUAAAUUCAAAAAUUAGUCUAAAUCCUCGUGUGGCGGAGUCUCUAACCAACGGUUUCCGAUCCCGUAUUUCUCUUUGUUUUUUUUACUUCUAUCCUUUUUAUUAUUAUUAUGAAAUGUUGUUUUUGUUCCUGUUUUCAGAAUCAGGAGAUCUGAGAGUUUUGACUAUUCAGCUAGCUUUGAUUUGUGAAGUGUAACGUGGUAAAAACAACAACAGCAGCUCUUUUCUUCAGUGGAUGAAUAACCGUGUGCCUGACGAUAUUAUUUCAGAUUAAUUUCCUCUCAUGAUGGAUAUGAAUAUACUCUGCUGCAUGGGGUCUGUCGUCUUUUGUAGUAAAAGAGUGUCGGUGUAUCGAUUUCUUCUUCUUCCUGCAGAGAGGAAAGAGGAACGCUUCCCGUGGCUUUGUGUCAUGACAGAAAUAUCACAAUAAACGUAAAAAGAUGUUUUUGCA